GUGUCAGCACAAUUCAGGUGGAAAAAGACCAUACUGAAGAAAUGGUAACACGGUGCAUAGUGGAGGUUUUGUCCAACGUUCUAUCUAGGCCAAAUGCACCACCAAUUAAUCCUGAAUGCAAAGAAAUCUUGAAGAAGAGUGGUAGAAAUGAUAAAGACAGAAGUGAAAACAAACAACUUGAAGCGAGGCAUUUGAAAGACCCAGCAGAGACUGAAAAUCACCGUACUGGGAGUGUGGAGAAAGAACAAAGUCAGGCAGAAGAGGAAUCUAAAGAGUACAUGAAAGGAAGUGAUGAGGAGAAACUUGCUCAAGAGGAAGGCAAAAGCAAGGAAGAGGAGGAUGGACACCACACACCUAUUCAAGAAGAGAGACUUCAUAUGGGAGAACAGAAAGACUAUCAGGAAAUUGGAAGAGAGGAGAAGAGCUACCACAGUAAAGAAGACAGCAAAGAGAGUAAGCAUCGUGACAAAGAGGUAGAGAAUGCUGUUCUCAAAAAGAAGUCCUAUUCUGGAGGUAUGAGCACAGAGCAAUUCCCUGAUGGGAGUGAUCAGCGCCCUGUGGGCCACUGGCACUCGGAGGAGGGAAUACAGAGCCCUUUCAAAAGAAUUCGUGAAGGUGAAAAGGGAGAGAUGGAGGAAGAAAUAAGUCAAAAAUACCAUCAUGAAUCUAAGGAACGUGAUUUCUCCCAUCAGCAAGAGCCUGAAGAAUCUGAUGAAAGUGAAGAAGCAGAGGGGGAAAAGCAACCCAAUAAACCCAAACAUCAUCAUGGGAAGCAUAGAAUGGGUGACUUCUCUGAAGAGAACGGCGGCCGUGAUGGUCCGAAAGAGGAAGUAGCUGAGGAAUCAAACACAGAGGAGGCCCAUCUCUGGGACAGAAGGAACCACCGUCAGAAACAGCAUGAAGCAUCUGAACAGCAGCGUGAGGAGAAGAGUGGUUAUCAUGGGAGGCAUGGGUCUGAGGAGCUGGAGAGGAGGCAUGCAGACCAGGGAAUUGAGGAGUACAGAGAAAGGUGGCAGCAGAGUGAAGAGAGCAGUGAAGAGGAAAACAACGGGCAUCACCACAGUGAGGAAAGUAAUGAGAAAUGGCAUGGGGAGAAGAGACACCAUGAUGGAUCCCAUGAGUUGAAGAGACACCAUUCUGAGGGAAGGACACAUCUUGGAGAUGAAAGUGAGGAAGAGCUGGACAGGUAUCAUCUCAGUGGUAGCAGCAAGGAGAAGCAACAUCGUGCUGGAGGGACAUACCACUUGUGGGACAAUGAAGAUGACGAGUCACAGAAAGCAUAUGUUCGAGAGCGCAGAAAACAGGCCAGAAAACCCUACAGCACUGAGGAAAGUGUAGAACAGCAGCGCCACCCUGGCAACAGUGAGGAGGACGAAAUAGAAAUGAAGCGUAGCAGAAGUGAUCAGAUGGAAAAUGAAGAGGAGAAUAUGGAGGAGGGAAGAUAUGCUGAGAGACAAGAAUACAGAAGCCAUCUCCCUGCAGAGAGUAAGAGAACCACGGCAUCCUACAGGCCCUUCUACCCACUGCUGUGGCAGAAAAGACAGCAUUUUGAGAAAAGGGACAGCACAGGAGAGCAGGUUCUGGAGGGCAAAGAGGACAGCAGGCCCACCCCAAAUGAGGAGAGUCUUUUCCCUGAAUAUAAUGACUAUGACUGGUGGAACAAAAACCAGAUCGUAAGUGCUCUGAACCAUGGGCGCACCGAGAAGAGGAAUCUUGGCCAAAUGAACAGAUACGAUAUGAAGAGGCAAUACAACAAGAUGGAUCAACUUGUACAACUUCUGAAUUACAGGAGGAAGUCAGCUGAAUUCCCAGAGUUGUACAGUUCUGGAAAAGACCUAAAAAAGAGCCACGUAAUGAGGAAUGACAGAAGAAGUCUGAGUCAGAGGCCUCUGACAGAAGAGGAGGAAAAUGAACUGGAAAAUCUGGCCGCUAUGGAUUUGGAGCUGCAGAAAAUAGCUGAGAAGUUUAAUGACAACAGGAGAGGCUGAAGGUGAUCGGCUUUGGCAUUUCAAAGCUGGGGUAGCUCUACUCACAAUACCUGUAGUUUGUGGUAAAUUCACUGCCACCGGAUUGUUGUUUGCCCUAAACCCAGGAAAUACUAGUUACUGUCCUCUGUAGUGUAGUGAUUUAUACAGCUGAAAAUGUCUUUAAUUUGCUAUUAUGCUAUUGAGAUCUAAAUGGCAUGAAUUUUAGUAUCACAACUCUUCAUGCAAGGCAAAUAUUUUUAAUAUGCUUAUGAAAAUAAUUGUGUUGGUGUUCUUCAGAAAUAUAUUUGAGUUUGAAAUAAUAAAAAUUAUUGAUCUUGGACCAAACUUUCUCCUUGCUUAUAUGACUGUUUUGGUUAUUUC